CAUGCUACCCACUAUAGCAACGAUAUAGAGUCCUCCGCGCUCCUUCGUAUAGUGCGUCGUAGAUUGUCUGGGACCAGCAAAGCGUUGUCGAGACGCCCCGAGCAAUGAAUCAUGUCUCUGCGUCGCGACCGCCUGUCCCUUCAGGGCCAAGCUCAAGAGUCAAGACAUCGGAAUAUUGGCGCGCAUUGGCAUUCUACGAAGACACAUCAUUCUGCUCGUCGCGACGAGGUGUCGAAUAUGUGCCGAGUACCAUCUGGCGUCAGUUCAGACCCUCAGACCUACCUACACCGCGAUCAAUUAAUCAAAUCUUCCGAUGAGAGUGGUGCAGUAGGACAAUCCAACUACCCAGGUCUCUUAUAUCUGUGCGCUCGUCCCGAACCACCCCCCUCCUGGCUCCUCCCGCCGCCCUCCUCUUCCCGCCUCUACGAUUCAGCGAUUAUGGGGACAAGGACAACGAGGGGGUCGAGCUCAAGAUCAGGAACAAGGACAACCGCAGGCCCUUCUGGAGAUCCUCAUCUUCCUUGCUCGCCUCCCCCCAAGACCGCCCGCCUGCCAGCCCAGCCCAGUCUAGCCCAGCCCAGCAUGGGAACGGGCGUGUGCAGGAGGCUGCAGGUCACUUGAAGGCUUGAGGCGCACUACUCCUGAGACUCCGUCCAGCCAGAGGCCUGGGAUCUUCAACAGCAUUAGCUUCAACCGUCUGACACCGGAGUUGCAAUCCUGGCCCUAGUCGCCCAGAUUGGCUCUAGUACUGUGCACUCUUCAGUCUCCUCUCCUCAUACUCCGUACAAUCCUCUGUACCAACACAGUACUACUCGUGCUGCGGGCCUGCGAACUCGUUGCACGGCUCCUGGGGUCGCGAUC